AUGAGGCUGGACAGCACUUUGCAUGGUGUCGUUGUAAUAUGUGACAAAGGACUGACCCCCCUAUCCUUGGCCACAGAAAAUUUACAGAAAUCGGUCGUACUGAGCGCUUCUGACCGUAUGGAUAGAGAAGGAGUUCCAUGGACGAUUCUACAAGUUACAGAAAAGGAAAUAAGGCUGUGGCAUAAAGGCUUCUUAAAGGAUUGCCCGAAUGGCUUGCUCACGGAACAGGGCUUCAUUAAGAUUUAUAAGCAGUUCUUCCCUCAAGGUGACCCCAGCAAAUUUGCUUCGUUGGUCUUUCGGGUUUUCGACGAAAACAAUGACGGAUCUAUCGAGUUCGAAGAGUUUAUUAGAGCUCUCUCGGUGACGUCACGGGGUAAUCUAGACGAGAAAUUACAUUGGGCAUUCCGCUUAUACGAUGUUGACAACGAUGGAUACAUAACACGAGAUGAAAUGUACAACAUAGUCGACGCAAUCUACCAGAUGGUCGGGCAAACACCACAGCCAGAAGAUGAGAACACUCCACAAAAGCGCGUCGAUAAGAUCUUCGAUCAGAUGGACAAGAAUCAUGAUGAUCGCCUCACGCUCGAAGAAUUCCGCGAAGGAAGUAAAGCUGACCCUCGUAUUGUCCAGGCAUUAUCUCUGGGAGGCGAUUAAUCGACGAUCAUCCUCUCCCCGGAUUUCUCAUUAUUCCCUGAAGAUUAAAGCACCUCUUUCAGUCUUCUAUUAAUGUUAAAAUCUUGUUUUUAAGUAUUAUACGCUGUGUACAAUUUCCCAUUAAUUCUUAAUUAAUUUCGUAUUUGCCAAUAUGAACAAAAAUCAGAAUUAAAAUAGUCUUUUGAAAAAAUUACCGAAACUUACACCUAGCAAAAGCUAUAAAUAUGGUAGACAACUAUGGUACCUAUUGAAGAUAGGUAUUUUAGCUGCUUCAAGAUAAAAAUUUAGGUAUGCGGCACUAUGCCAAUUGGAUGACCUGUUCUUGAGUUUACAUCUUCACGAGCCAACAACCUGGAUAGUUUACUACUUAGAAAAUAUAUUUUUAAUCAAUUGUGUUUUCUUUGGCAACGUUAUAAAAAUUUUAAAACUUGAUUUUGAUUAAUUGAUUAUCGGAGGUGAUACACCUGUAAAAGAAGAUAAUGAAAUCAUUGUUAAAUUAUAGUACCUAAUUAUCUUAUUAUAAGAAUUGUACAAGUCAUAUUUUAGCCAAAAAUAUAUUUUUAAUUCGUCAUGAAAUAUAAUAAUUAUGUAGUGUAAUAAAAAAAUGAUACAGAAAACCUAUAAUAAUCAGUUCCAAUAUACUGCAUCGUAUAUUUCGUGUUGGCAAAUUUACUAUAUAAUGUCUAUGUUUUAAUUUCCUUAAAUACAUUUCGACCCCUA